UUCCCCCCUCUUCUUACGCUUUCUUCACACUUAGGUCGUUGUUGGUUCACUUCGCACUCUGCAUUAGUUCCAUUUCAUAAGCGCUGGAUUGAUCAAGUUGCCCUCCCUUUCUUCACUUCUUGUCGGGUCGUUUUCGGUCUCUUGAAGCCAAGGGGUUUUGCGUCGUAUUGUAUUAUAUAGCCGCUGUGCUCCUUUCUAACGCCAUUUAUCACACGUUUCUAUCCACUUCUCCUACUCUCUAUAUCCCGGCCGGCUGGGAGGUUGUUCGAAAAAGUCCUCGUCUGCUGGCAGCACAGACCGAGUGGCAUAACUCAACAACCUUUCUUCAUAUUUCCUAUCUUAUCAAUCUCUCCGUAGGACAUUUAAAGGUUGGAUCUUGGUAAAAGAAAGACUUCACAAAGUCUUCUUCACCAUGACGUGCCCCGAGUCAUCCAAGAGACCGAGGUUGUCUCUUCAAACGAGACCCUCGCCAGGACCAAGCGCUAGGUCCGCAAAGGCCUUCUCAAACAUGGAUCCUAAAUCACCAACUUCCUUUAAUACCCUUACAAAUUUAUAUGCAACUGCUAUUGAAAGAUCGACGCCGGUCCAGUCGACGCCUCUAACAGCCAUCAACCUUCUUCAGCCUCUAAAACUCCAAACUAACACGGAAGCUCUAAAGGCCCACAGGCCUAGAGUGGAAACGCCGCACACCGCAGCCUUGCCGGAUACUCCGCUAUCUGCGAAUCCCAUCUCUCCACCUCAACAGAUGGAUAUGGUAUUUCCGAGUACCAUGACAGCAACUCCUCCUAUGUCUGCUGGGCCAGUUGAGUCAUCCGAGCCUAGCAAGUUUACGUUCGCCCCCGCCGACUCGAGCAAACAGGGAUUUCUACGCUCUCCUACUCAGACACGCCGCCGAGUGAUAUACGCACCUUACGGAUCACCCGCGAAAGCUCCGUAUAGCCGCGACAAGUCUCUCCAUAGUAUAUUACGCAACUCACCUUUGCCCCCGCCGAGCGCUAUAUCACCGAUGUCUCCGAGGAGACAAUCACUUCGAUUACAAGAAAAAGCCGCUAGGCACGUAGGAUAUGUAUCUCCACUAACUCAGACUAUUACAACCGAGAAGUAUACCAAGUCUCAUAUCGACCUCCUUGCCGAUGAAGCAUCUCCUUAUACGCCCUCUCCAAGCGCGGAAGACUCCGAAAUGCUACUCGAUCUUGCAAUGGCGUAUACGGGCGAUGAAACCCGUGAUGGAGGUCAGACACCAGGGCCUUUUGAGGAAAUGCGGAGGCGCAUGACACAACUUGGUACAGACACACCAAUCCACUCACCAAGACCAGAUGGAAUACGCAAGCGUAAGAGAAAGGACAAGAAGAGAAAGUGGGUCUGGACAAUCGGGCAAGACGAUGAAGAGAAUGAGAGUGGUGCGAUAGCCGCUCUUAGAGUGGCCACGGAGGCCUCAACUCCGGAACCCGUGACCGCAAUUAAAGUCAGCGUUGAACCUAUUAGUUCGGAGCCGGAGGCAUCUUCAGACCGAGAGGAUAUUGAGAUGUCUGAUGCGGGUAGUAUGCUCUCGAGUAGGGCUACAACACCCCACAGCGUCGAUUUAGAUAUGAAAACUCCGACCGUAGUUGCACCGAACAAAUCGCUUCCGAAACUAGAAAGGCUAGGGUCUACAGAUCUUAUUGAUCCCGAGACGGGUUCUAGGAGGGAUACACCUAUUCCUCCGGAUCUAGUGGUCGCUGACCAGGCGUAAUUGGUUUAAU